GGAGCAUUUAGAAUUCUCAGCCAGAGAGGCUUCACUGAACUGCCAGAUGCAUUUAGUGGCUAAAUGCACCUGAGGAACUGGACUGAAGUCUAGGGAAGCCCUGGCUGCCAACUUCUUCCUUUCAGUUAUAAUAGUCUGCAAGAUUUCUCUGGAUAUCGAGAUGUGUAGAUCCACCUCCUCCUUUAAAAAUAGCAAAGCAACCCUCCCACUCCUGGCAAAGAAUUCCCUGCAGAGACUGCAGCUGCUCCUGGGUCCCAAGGUCUCUAGUGCCUGGCCCUCGGAAGAGGUUUCGUUUUCCUAAACUCCUGGCUGUGCCAUCCUUUCCGGUGUGCCAAGGCUCCUCUCUUUUGCUUCUUGCCAGGCGAGGAGGAUGGCAGUCACGCUGGGCUACUGGGACAUUCGAGGGCUUGCUCAUGCAAUCCGGCUACUUCUAGAAUACACAGAAACACCAUAUGAAGACAAACAGUACUAUUUUGGAGAAGCUCCUGAUUUUGACAGAAGUCAGUGGACUAGUGUGAAGGAGAAACUUGGGUUCGACUUCCCAAAUCUCCCAUAUCUAAUUGAUGGUGAGAGAAAAAUUACACAGAGCAAUGCCAUCCUGCGAUACAUUGCACGCAAGCACAAGAUGUGUGGUGUGACUGAAGAAGAAAUAAUCCGAAUGGAUAUACUUGAGAACCAGGUCAUGGAUUUUGGAAAUGAUCUUGCAAGAAUAUGCUAUAGCCCAGAUUUUGAAAAAUUAAAGCCUGCAUACAUUGAACAACUACCUGGGAAGCUGAAGCUGUUCUCCCAGUUUCUGGGAGACAGAAAAUGGUUUGCAGAAAAUAAGAUCACCUAUGUAGAUUUCCUUGCAUAUGAUGUCUUGGAUGUGCACCGGAUAUUUCAGCCAAAAUGCUUGGAUCAGUUCAAAAAUCUAAAGGAUUUCCUGGAUCGCUUUGAGGCGCUGGACAAGAUUUCUGCCUACAUGAAAUCUGGCCGUUUCCUGAGAACUCCUCUUUAUGGGAAAAAUGCCACAUGGGGCAAUAAGAAGCAAUAGAAGGAAUCUUGCUGGCCUGACACUUGCAAAUGUUGUAUCAGUGAAAUUUAAUAUUUUUGCCUGAAGUAGAAGCAAGUGAAGCUUGGAAAGCUUGUAUGAUGUAUUUUGUACGUUUUGGUUGGCCAUUAAUGGCAUUGUUCUGAUUGUAUCAGUCAGGUACCUUGAAUCAGUCACCCUCCCUUCAUGUUUCAGAAUACUGUACACAGUAGCUGUAAUACCCCAAAUACAUCCUAAGGCACUUGAUAAUAAAAACAGUUGGGUACUGAAAAA